AUGGUCGACCAUCAGUCCUCAUUCGAGAAAAGUCCCGAGUGGAAACACCCGAGUUUACCUCCGCCCAUCUCGGUAGCAUCCACAUCCGAUCGACCUCGUCCGUAUCGGCGAAUAUACUUUUACGUCCUCCUGACUAUACUCGUCCUCCUAUACCAUAACAAUCUCCCCUUCACCCUUGACGAGUACCUCCAAAACAUCACAAUCGAAGAAGACGCAUACCUAUCUGGACUCGUCGACAAAGGUCUCAUCCAAGCUCUUCCCCUUCCACCAAAACAUCACAAUGGGCCGUGCAGGAAUGACGACGUUUUCCACUAUUUUCCCAAGUUGCCAGGUAGUAAACCCCCUGUCAUCAUACCUCCUAAACUUGCAGAGAAGAUAUAUCUCCGAGUCCCCAACAAUGACUCUUGUAGAGCGGCGCUGAGGAAAUAUACGAAGAGACCACAUCCCGCCGGUUCUGGGUUUGAUCUGAUCACAGCUCUGGAGGUGAAGAAUGAAUGGGAGACUGUCCUAGGGCUUCCAACUUCCGGUGCGGAUGAACAUCUUUACGAUGCAGGCAGUCCUGAAAGUCAGAGUCGGGUUAGAGAAGGAAUGGAUGAAAUGGGAGUAUGGAUAGAUCAGUAUUACCCAGUGAUGAACGAACCAGUUUCUUCCUCCCUCACCCUAUUAUCCGAUCCGCCCUUCCAUGCUAAAUUACAAGAAGAUAUCGUUGGAGAUGAUCCCGAUUCUAUAUACCGUGACUCCGUUCCCGUUUUCCACGGUCUAUCAGUCAGUGGAGAUGUCACGGCUCAAUACGUUUAUGUGGGAUAUGGUCGGAAAUCAGAUUUUGAGUUACUGGAGUCGAAAGGUGUCAACGUCAGUGGGAGAAUAGUUUUGACAAAGUAUGGCGGUCCGUUCAGAGGGUUAAAGGUUAAAGCCGCUCAAGAGGCUGGAGCUGUGGGCUGUUUGAUUUUCACUGAUCCGGGGGAUGAUGGGGAGAUAACGGAGGCGAAUGGAUAUAAAGCUUAUCCUGAUGGACCUGCUAGACAACCGAGUUCUGUUCAACGGGGCAGUGUUCAAUUCGUAAGUCUUCUCCAAACAUUAUACCAGCCCAUUUUGGCUGGAAAAGAAAAAGGCCCUUUUAUCUCUGCUUAUCCUGGUGAUCCUACCACUCCAGGUGUACCCGCAUAUCCCAAUGCCACUCGUUUAGAAGUCGGUAACCAACCUUCCAUCCCGUCUCUCCCAAUUUCCUUUGAAGAUGCCAUUCCUCUUCUCAAAGCUCUCUAUGGAGAAGGUCUUGCCGUCGAAACACUAGGACCUGAAUGGUCAGGAGGUUUGACUCAUUACAACGUAUCUUACUUCACUGGACCCUCCCAAAUCUCACUUCACAUGGUCAAUCAAGUCAACACUCGAGUUAUGCCUAUAUGGAACGUCAUGGCUACUAUUCCAGGUCACAUAACGGAUGAAGUGAUUAUCAUGGGUAAUCAUCGUGAUGCUUGGGUAAUGGGAGCUUCCGAUCCUAAUUCCGGUACCGCAAGUCAACAUGAACUCAUACGUGGUCUAGGUGAAUUGAUAAAGAUUGGUUGGAAACCAUUAAGAACUAUAAUGUUUGUCAGUUGGGAUGCAGAGGAAUAUGGUUUGAUAGGAAGUACAGAAUGGUGUGAAGAUUUUGGAGAUUGGUUAGGAAAGAAUGUUAUCGCUUAUUUGAAUUUAGAUUCUUCCGUUUCUGGAAGUAAAUAUCGUGUUCAAGGUUCACCUUCUUUAGCAUGGUUAAUCAAGAUUACAAGUCAAGAAAUAUUAUCAUCUUCAAAUUCUUCUCGUACCAUAUGGCACACAAGAAAAGACGGAGGAGAUUGGUCGGAAUAUCUCUCCCAAACAUCGAAUUUUGAUGGAUUUAUCACACCGAAUGAUUCUGAUUGGACAGGAGUUUCUCCAUUAGGUUCAGGAUCGGAUUAUACACCUUUCUUACAACGAUACGGAAUAGCAAGUACAAGUCUAGGGUUCUCUUCAGGUCCUAAAGAUCCUGUAUAUCAUUAUCAUUCGACAUACGAUACUUUUACAUGGAUGGAAAAAUAUGGUGAUCCAGGUUUUCAUAAACAUGUUGAUGUGGCGAAAGUAAUGGGUUUAUUGGUACUUCGUCUAGCUGAUGGAUUGUUAUUACCAUUCAACACAACGCAAUAUGCUAGAGAUUUGAGAUGGUAUUUACGUACUGUAGAGUUGGAAAUUCGAAAAGCGAAUUUCUCGGAGAAGAUCGAAUUGGGGGAAUUGAGAAAAUCUAUCAAUGAACUGGAGAAUGUUUCGAAGGAAUUGGAUAGAGAAAAAGAAAGGGUAAUAAAGGAAUUAAAAGGGUUGUUGGGACAUGAUAAGUGGUGGGGAUGGGAAAGGAUGAAACAAAUGGUAACAUCUACCAUUCAAUCUUUUGUCAAAUACCCCAAACGGCCUAAUGGGAGGAAUGGGAUGUUGGAAGAAAGAAGGGGUUUACCACUUCCUUCACCAGGUAAAAUCAAAAAGAUCAAACAACUUUUGAAAGAAAUACGUAAGAUCAAUGUAAAAUUACAAUAUUUCGAAUCGGGUUUCCUCAGUUCUAAAGGAUUAAAAGGUAGGCAAUGGUAUAAACAUAAAAUAGUAGCACCGGGUCUUUGGAAAGGUUACGGAGCAACGACUUUCCCCUCUUUGACAGAAGCUAUAACGCUCGAUCGAUCGCCUUUAGAAGCACAAACAGAAGCGGACGAAUUGACUUUGAUGAUUCGUCUCAUGGCUGACCAUUUAUCAUCUUGA